AUGCCUUCACUUCAUGACCUUUGGUCACAAAUCAAUAUUACCUUGGCUAAUUUCACAUACAAUAGAGAUGAUGAAGGUGAUCACAUCGAUUCCGAUACACCCCGCUCCGGUGUCGCGACCCCACAACCAGAUCCGUCAGACAAGCGAACUCCUGGUAUAUUGCAUAGCUUUUAUGGACAGAGCACACCAUCAACGCCCACUCGAGCUUUGUCAAAUCAAACUUCAAAGUCAGACCAAAGUGUUGCGAGCACAAAUUCUGACCAUACUGCACAAACCAGUAACGGACAAAAUGACAAAUCAAGUACGAGCGAACGACCGGCUGUGACUUCUAGAGCAGAUAGUAGCAUCGGAGGAGCAGUGGGACCACCAAAGGGCAAACUUACUGUGAAGAUCAAUGAAGCUAGAGGAUUGAGGAAGAGCUUGGAUCCCUACGUGGUAGCCGUUUUUCAACGAAACGAGUUGGUAUCCAAAGGUCCGCAAUCAGAAGAGGAUGACGAAGAUGAUGGCAAUUCACAUAGCCCUGGUGGAAUCCCAAUUGGCGGUAUUCCGAUCACGCGAACCGGAAGUGAUUCUGGUCGCCCUAUGGCCAUUCCUAUGAAAAGUCGACAAAGCAGCAACACCAGCUUGUCGGAAUAUAGAGAUUUCAAGAACAAAGGUCGAAAAAUGUUCACUCACCCGAAGUGGGAUGCUGAAGCUGUCUUUGAUGUUGUUGGCUCUGAUACAAGAGUCAAUAUCACCAUUUACGACCGAGCUCAACAAGCAGAGGAAUUCUUGGGUCAUGUUGAUCUUCAAGCCAAUCUUGUUGAAAAUGCUGAUUCUCCUGUUUCCGGCUGGUUUCAACUACAUGGAAAGGACGAUACUCUCAAUGCAGGAAGCGUAGGUGAAAUCCAUGUCGAAAUUUCAUUUCAACGAACAGAGAAGAGACACUAUGGACCAGACGACUUCCAGAUUUUAAAGCUUAUUGGAAAAGGGACUUUUGGGCAAGUUUAUCAAGUGAGAAAGAAGGACACGAAGCGAAUUUAUGCUAUGAAAGUUCUUCAGAAGAAGGUUAUUGUUCAAAAGAAGGAGGUUGCGCACACGGUUGGUGAGAGAAAUAUUCUGGUCCGAACAGCUACAGCCGAUUCUCCAUUUAUCGUUGGUCUCAAAUUCUCCUUCCAAACGCCAACAGAUCUAUACCUUGUUACGGAUUAUAUGUCUGGAGGUGAAUUGUUCUGGCAUUUACAGAAAGAGGGAAGAUUCGAUGAGCAGCGGGCCAAAUUUUACAUUGCGGAACUCAUCUUAGCACUUCAACAUCUUCACAAGCAUGAUAUCGUCUACCGAGAUUUGAAACCGGAGAAUAUCCUAUUGGAUGCCAAUGGCCACAUUGCCUUGUGCGACUUUGGAUUAUCAAAAGCAAAUUUAACCAAGAAUGCCACAACUAAUACCUUCUGUGGUACUACUGAAUACCUCGCACCUGAAGUUCUCUUGGAUGAAGCUGGGUAUACAAAGAUGGUUGAUUUCUGGUCUUUAGGAGUCUUGGUUUUCGAAAUGUGUUGUGGUUGGAGUCCAUUUUACGCAGAGGAUACACAACAAAUGUACAAAAACAUUGCUUUUGGUAAAGUUCGAUUUCCCAGAGACACUUUGACUACCGAAGGACGAAACUUUGUCAAAGGACUACUCAACCGAAACCCCAAGCAUCGUCUUGGAGCUACAGAUGAUGCUGAAGAAUUGAAGAGACAUCCCUUCUUCUCUGAUAUUGAUUGGGAUGCUCUUACCAAGAAAUUGAUCACUCCUCCAUUCAAGCCAAAGUUGAAGUCAGAGACGGAUACAUCCAACUUCGAUCCAGAAUUCACCAAUGCCUUAAAUGGUGCGUCAUCACUCAAUGCACGUGCAGCUGCCCUUGCUGCAGGUAUGGCAACUUCAACACCAUUAUCUCCAGGAAUGCAAGCAAACUUUAAGGGGUUCACAUUCGUUGAUGAAAGCUCCAUUGAAGAGAAUAUGAGAGAUAGAGUCAAAGAUGAAUACGAUGAUCGAAUGGAUCAAGACGAUAGAACAGAACAUGAUUGGGAGGAUCCAUUUGAUAUUCCCGAUAAACAACGUUCCGAUCGAAUGAGUGGAGUAGUGAGGAAUCAUACCAAUGAAGAUGAACGAAUGUUCAAUGGUGAUGAUUUUCAUUAA